AGUACGAAAGAAUGGUGUUGCUCAAGGCUCUCUGUCUGGUGACCAUGAUGGUCACUUUCCUGUCAAAAGGCUCUCAUUCCCAGCUGAGUAGUACUGUGUGUGGAACAUCUUCUCUCAACACUAGGAUUGUGGGGGGUCAAAAUGCUGUUCCUGGGAGUUGGCCAUGGCAGGCCAGUCUGCAAAGAUCUGGCAGAUUUUUUUGUGGUGGAUCCCUCAUCAACCAAGAAUGGGUGCUGACUGCUGCUCACUGUUUUUCCAGCACUAGUACAUCAAAUCUAUCAGUCUACCUUGGUCGUAAGAACCAGCUGGGUGCCAACCCUAACGAGGUGAGCCGGACAGUCACUAAGAUCAUCCGCCAUCCAAACUACAGCUUUAUGACAAACGACAACGACCUGUGUCUGCUGAAGCUCUCCUCCCCAGUGUCUUUUACCAACUACAUCAGGCCAGUCUGCCUAGCUGCACCAGAAAGCACCUUCUUUACAGGCACUACUAGCUGGGUCACUGGCUGGGGCACCACUAGCAGCAGUGGAGUGGCCUUGCCUCCACCACAAAUCCUACAAGAAGUGUCGGUGCCAGUAGUGGGAAAUAGGCAGUGUAAUUGUAAUUAUGGAGUUGGCACCAUUACUAGCAACAUGAUCUGUGCUGGUCUGCCAACAGGAGGAAAGGAUGCCUGUCAGGGGGAUUCAGGAGGCCCGAUGGUGAACAGAGUGGGUACUCGCUGGAUCCAGUCUGGCAUUGUGAGUUUCGGAAUCGGCUGUGCCCAGGCAAAUUACCCAGGAGUGUACACCAGAGUGUCCCAGUACAAGACCUGGAUUAACAGCCAGAUCACCAGUGACCUGCCAGGCUACGUCACCUUUCUCUCCAGUGGGAAUAACUCUGACCUCACUUUCUCCUGUAAAAAAAAAUUAUAGUUGGUUGUGGUAUUACAUUCACUUAAUGUUUCAAGUCAUGACAAUUAUGUAGAAUUUUGAACACCUGGCUAAUAUCAAUCAUUUUUUUAAACAUUAUUUUACUUCAUUUUAUGGAACUCAUCUUAAAAUAUGAAUAAAAACUUUUCUU